ACUGAUCAAAAUGCUUUUAGGUGAUGCUGAGAUGUUUGAAUGUACUUCAAGUAUAGCAUUGCUGGCCGAGUAGCGUUCGCUUCGUCCUGGAAUGCUCGCCCAUUGACUGCGCCAUUCAGUGAUGCAAACACGCUCACUAUUUCAUAUCGCCAUAAAAACAUAUACAAUCCAACCACAGCUUCAUAAACACCUACUACCGCUCAUCUAUAUCUGCAUCAUCAACUGUCCUGCCACAUCUCCGGCACAUCACUGCUGGUCACUGUGGAUUUCACCUUGAUCUAAAUCUACGACAUCAUAUCAUCACACCAAAAUCCCCAACAAUGUCACACGACACCCCCGACAACCUCCUCAAGCUCGCCGCCGACCUCAACAAACUAGGCGGAGAACUCUGCGCCAUCGGCGGCAAACUAGCCACUGCCGCCACAGCUCUCGAGCAAGAAGCCGCGAAUGUUGCUUUGGCCAAUGCGCAAAGAUGGGGCGUCGAUGUACAGGUCGCUGUAAGAGCUGGGCCACAUGGUCAGUGGGUUGGGCAAGGGAACGAGAUCGUUGUUAACGGAGUGAAGAAGUAGUGGUAGUACUGAGUGGGAAUUAUGGAAGAAGAGAGGGGACAAGGGAGCUACGGCACGUGCAUGUGGAAGGCGCGGGGAUGAAUGUCAGUCAGGCGUGAUGGUGCGCACAGAGCUGUGUGGUGCGGGAGGAGAAGCGGAAAUCGGCUACAAUAGUCGUUGGAGGCCAAUGUAAUGUGUUUCUUUCCCCUCGGUUUCCCAUCUCCUUUGCAACUAUCGUGAUGUUGCAUAAAGGCGAAUGAAGGUUGU